CCAGUUUCCAUGACUUCGCAUUGCUGGUUCUAGACCCCGGAACCCCGCCCUGCGCGCGAGAGCAGUCUCCAAGUUCUGGCGCAAGGGUAGCUGGUAAAGCUGUAUCCCGUAUGUAACAGCUAAAGCCGCUCUGAAUCUCUGUUCGAAAAACUAACUUUACUCUGUGCUAAAGGAUUAACCUUUCUGCCAAGAUAAUAGUACCAUAGUUAUGGUUUAUUAGUUUCCAGGCCUCUUUCCCUGCACGCAUGUGAUGGCGUAUUGGUGCCGCAUCAGGCAAUCUAAGUUGAAAAUCUUGUCCACUCAAUUUCGAAGAUGUUAUGUUCAGCUCCCCGGCGCAUCUUUAUUGAAUUCCAUCACACAUCGGAAAACCCGGGUUUGUGAGAGGCCAAGCUGGAUUUUUCAAAAUAGGUCCACUGAUGUUUAUUAUAACGCAAGGUUUUUUGCUGCUCCUGUUCAGGCGAAGACGAAGAAGGACAAUAGUGAGCCGCGAAUGAACGAAGAAAUUACUGAUCAGUUUGUCAGGCUUGUUGUUGAUGAUGGACAUUCAAUAGUUUCAAGGCUUGAAGCACUACAACGUGCUAGGAGGCUUAAGCUUGAUUUGGUGGAGGUUCAGAAAAAUGCAAAACCACCUGUCUGCAAAAUUAUGGACUACCACAAGGAAAAGUACAAACAGCAAGAAAAGGAAAAGGAGCGUGCUAAGAGCAAGUCAGAGUUGAGUUUGAGAAACGGGGUUGGCAAGGAAAUGCGCUUUUCUGCAAAAGCUGAAUUAAAAGACCUGAAGAUGAAAGCAGAUAUGGUUAGAAAAUUAAUGGAGAAGGGUUACCGAGUGAAGUGCAGGGCAUUAGGAGGAGCUGUGGAUCAGGACAUGGAAGGAAUAUUAUCUCGUUUUUCUGCUUUGAUAGAAGAUGUGUCUGUUGUUGAAAGUGGACCUCAUAUGGGGAAAAAAGAAGCUUAUGUGAUUGUCAGGCAUAUCAAAUUUGGGCUACCAAAGAAAGGUGGUGUCCGAGGGAAAAAGUUGCAAGAUGCAAUGGAUAAGUCUGUUGAGGCUGAAGAGGUUAGCGACUCUGAUGAAGAUCUGAAUGAAAGUCCUGCUGAAACAGGGUUUGAGACGGAGGAUGAAGUGCUUUCUGAUGGUGACAAGCAUACGGCACUUGUGAUGGGCAGGGCUAACUCAGCGGAUGAUGGAACAGAUGCUGCACAUAAAGCAGGCUUACUAUCAAAAAGUGAUUCAGAGCCUCCUGCUAUGUUUGAGAAUAGGUACAGGCGAAAUAAUCAACUGUCUAUCUCACAGGAGCAGCCAACUAUGACUGAGAAUAGAUACAAACGAAAUAAUAUCCCAUCUAUCACGCAAGAGCAUCCUGCUGUGACUGAGAAUAGGUACAAACGACCAGAUUCUCGUAUGAAUAAUUUUCCAUCCACGGCACAACAGCCACCAGUUGUGACCGAGAAUAGGUACAAAAGAACUGAUCCAAGAAUCAGUUUCCAACAAAAGACAUCAUGGGAUAAUUCUGUUUCAAAUAGCAGAGGACCUGAAGUAAGAGGUGCAUUCAAGUCAGCACCCUCGGAUUUGAAUCAAAACAGGCAGGCCAUGCCAGAUUCUUAUGCUAAAACAGAAGCAGUCAAGCAAGCUGUUACUCCUGGAUCACGAAACCCCAUGCCUUCCUUUGAAGAUAUCCGCAAGGGUGGAAUAGCUCACCCUAGCGCUUCCAAUGCCCCAAGAUCUGGUUAUGGUAUUUUUAGUGCCACUAAAGGCCUUGAUACGCCUGAUGCCUGAACAGGGAUGCACAGGAACAGAGAAGGUUCUCUUAUGAUUCUGCCCAACAUUGUAGCUCGAGUUCCUCUUUAACUUUGAGGAGUGUUGGGUAGAGAUGUAGGGUAGUAUCAGUAUGAAUGCAUUAACACUCGGGAUUAUGCUGUCGCGUGCUCAAUUAUUAUCCCCAGCAGGUCAUCAAAGUCAAGCUAGAUCGGAUAGCAAAUAUAAUAUAGUGAUAAAGCAAAUGAUAUUUAGGUCCAAUGAGUGUUCAACAAGGCCAGUAGCUUAAUUUGUUUUGGUUAAACAACAAGGUAAUAUAUUUCUAUGUUUUUAGCUCAGCUCUGGCAAGGAUUCUUUUCUCUUUUUUUGCCCUGGUUUUAGUUCUGCGGAAAUAAAAGCCAAGCAAAGCAUUUGCUUGGUGCCGAACAAUUUUGGAGGCUUUUCCUUUUCCAUCCUUACUUGACCCUGGAAAAGGAUUCUUUUACCCGCUGCCCGAUAAAAUCUGGUGUCCGAUUUGUGAAAUUUUAUUACUUAUAGGGCCUUUAUGUAAUGAUUCACGGGAUGAUUUUAUCAGCUACUUUCUAUAUGCAUAAUUUAGUGGUGGCAAUGGUUGUUUGCUUAUCCUUGGUGAUAGCGAACAAGCAACUCUCACGCAUGAACUUGUAUGCCC